AUGUCCAGUUCUGAGGCCGACGAAGUCUUGUUCAUCUACAUCGUUGCAGCCUCUCAUGCAGUAAGCUUAGUACUGAUACAAAUGGACAACGGCAUACAACAAUCAGUCUAUUACGUGAGCAAAUCAUUGCAUGAAGCAGAGCUCCACUACCUACCACUAGAAAAGGCUAUCCUAGCGAUGGUUCAAGCUACACGAAAGCUUCCCCAUUACUUCCAGGCACACACAGUUAUCGUUCUAACCCAACUUCCACUCAAGUCCAUACUUCGGAGUGCUGAUUAUACAGGGAGAGUUGCUAAAUGGGGCACGAUUCUAGGGGCUUUUGACAUCAAGUACAUGUCUUGUAUCUCCGUCAAGGGCCAAGUCCUUGCAGAUCUGGUGGCUAAAUUUGCUGAAGCCUCGCUAGAAGAAGAAGCAGGGGCACAAGGCAUGGAUAAAAAAUCAGUUGGCGCAAUCUCUCUACAAGGGCCCACAUGCUGGAAAGUAUAUGGUGAUGGCGCAGCAAACCAAAGAGGCUCUAAAGUGGGGCAAGUUCUGAUUUCCCCUGAAAGGAUUACCAUCGAAAAAUCACUAAGACUAGGCUUCUCGGCCACGAAUAAUGAGGCUGAAUAUGAAGUCUUACUGGAGGGAAUGUCCAUGGUUCAAAAAUUAGGCAGAAAAGCAGUAAACAUGUUCUCAGACUCAAGACUGGUCGUUGGCCAAGUAAAUGGGGAAUUAGAAGUAAGAGACGAAAUAAUGCAAGAAUAUUUAGACCAAGCUAAGUGCCUACGAUCACGCUUUGAUUCUUUUAGCUUACUGUACAUCCCUAGAAGUGGAAACACACAUGCCAACUUCUUGGCCACGCUUGCCACCUUCUCAGCUCAAAGUUUACCACAGGUCAUCCUUGUGGAAGAUUUAUAUAAACCCUCAAUGACGAAGAGAGAAGUGAUCCAUGUCCACCACGUCAGAGUGGGACCUAGCUGGAUGGACCCUUUGGUACUAUUUCUAAAAGAAGACAUCUUGCCCGAAGAGAAGACUGAAGCUGAGAAGAUACGAAGAAACGCUUCUCGGUUUUGGCUAUCCGAGGACCAAAAGUUGUAUAAACGCUCUUUUUCCGGACCAUACUUGCUCUGCGUACACCUUGAGGCCUCAGAACUAAUCCUAGAGGAAUUACACGAGAGAAUUUGUGGAAGCCAUACUGAAGGCAGGUUCUUAUCUCAUAGGGCCAUCACCCAAGGCUACUAG